CUCGGAUCCAAAUUUUUCCCACAACCAAAAAUUUUUUAGAGCGCGCUUUGGAAACACUGUUUGAUCGCAUCUGUCAAAAUGGCUUUCCAAGCAUCUUCUCAACAGCGACAGAAUGGUGGUCUUGUUAUGCCUGGUUCGCAGAACACCGUUCCGUCACCUGUUCCCUCUACGUCGACGUCGAAUGCAGUAAGCACGACCGUCGUAGCCCCGACAAACAGUACCCCAGCAAAUGCUCCAACCCCGGGCAAGCCGCUCACGCUUGAGCAGCAGCAUAUCACAGCGGUGGAUGGGAUUGUUCCUACACUGCAAAACAUCGUCGCCACCGUCAACCUUGACUGCCGACUUGAUUUGAAAACCAUUGCGCUUCAUGCUCGCAAUGCCGAGUACAAUCCUAAGCGAUUUGCAGCUGUAAUCAUGCGCAUCCGUGAUCCCAAGACCACCGCGCUCAUCUUUGCCUCGGGCAAGAUGGUUGUUACAGGCGCCAAGUCUGAAGACGAUUCCCGUCUUGCCUCUCGCAAAUAUGCGCGCAUUGUGCAGAAGCUUGGCUUUGAUGCCAAAUUCUUGGACUUUAAGAUCCAGAACAUUGUUGGCAGUUGUGAUGUGCGCUUUCCAAUACGGUUGGAGGGUCUUGCGUAUUCGCACGGGUCUUUCAGCAGCUAUGAACCGGAGCUCUUCCCUGGUCUUAUCUACCGCAUGAUCAAGCCCAAGGUUGUGCUAUUGAUUUUUGUGUCGGGGAAGAUCGUGUUGACUGGUGCCAAGGUUAGAGAAGAAAUCUACACCGCAUUCAACACAAUUUAUACCGUGUUGCUCGAGUUCCGUAAACCUUAGUCUUCGUCGUUUGCGCCAUUCUGGGACUACCCCUCGCACUCUUCAUCAUCAACUACAAGUCAAAGCAUCCUUAACUUAUUUGAUUCACGUUACAUUAUACUUUUUAACCCCGUACUUUUCACUUCCUCCCGAGUACGACCUACAGCUAUCAUACAUACCUACUGUCGCUUCCCUAUCCUCACCGUGCAUAUCACACUCUGUUGUAUCCUACCUAUUACAGCAUUCG